AGCAGUUUGUGUCGGCAGAGACCAAAAAGUCACACGAAAGACUUUUUUUUCUCUCCCUGCGUUGCGUUGGCCUGUGCAAAGAUGGGUGAGAAGCUGCUGUGCGCGAUCCCCGAUGCAGAUAUAGACCCGGACGGGGUGUUUAAAUACGUGCUGAUCCGGGUCCACAGCACCGACAAGAGGGGGGACACGCCGAGCAAAGAUAUCGUGAGGGGCUACGCCUGGGCCGAGUACCACGCUGAUAUCUAUGACAAGGUGGCCGCUGAGCUGGAGAAGGGGGGCUCCUUGGACUGUGAGUGCAUCGGAGGCGGCAGGAUCAACCACAACAGCCAGCAGAAGAAGAUCCAUGUCUACGGGUACUCCAUGGGAUUUGGUCGAGCGAAUCAUUCUGUUUCCACGGAGAAGCUGAAAUCCCGCUACCCAGACUAUGAGAUCACCUGGGCAGACGAGGGCUAUUAACACUGGAUUGAAUUGUGAAGAGACAGCAAGCAGAGUGGACUCCUUCAAUACUGAAGAGACAGCAAGCAGAGUGGACUCCUUCAAUACUGAAGAGACGGCAAGCAGAGUGGACUCCUUCAAUACUGAAGAGACGGCAAGCAGAGUGGACUCCUUCAAUACUGAAGAGACGGCAAGCAGGCUGGACUCCUUCAAUACUGAAGAGACGGCAAGCAGGCUGGACUCCUUCAAUACUGAAGAGACGGCAAGCAGGCUGGACUCCUUCAGUACUGAGGAGCAGCACAGAGUGCUUUUGUUGUUCUUAUUGUGCUGUCUCAAUUUCAGACCCCACAGGAGAAAAUAACCCAGUUCUUCUGGAAAAUCGACGGAUUUAAUUAUGUGUAAGGGAAAUUAAAAGUGAUAUUUAAAUGCU